AUGUGGUACUUGGACGAUAUUCUGGUACCAUCAACAUCGUUCCAGGACUUGAUAAAUCGGCCGAGUCAAGUAUUCGAUGCGCUUAGAGAAGAGAAGUUGACUCUCAAGUUGAGUAAAUAUCAUUUUGGAUACACUGAAGUAGCAUAUCUAGGAUUUAUGUUUUCAGCAGCUGGAGUGAGACCUGGUGAUCAAAAGGCCAUAGCCAUACAACAAUAUCAAAAACCUAAAAACAAACAUGUAGUGAAACGAUUCCUCGGUUUAAGUGGGUUUUUCAGAAGGUUCAUUCCACGUUAUGCGGAGAUAGCCCGACCAAUCAGCGACUUACUUCGGGAUAAUGAGCAAUUCGUGUGGGCAGUGUCUCAGGAGGAAGCGUACAACAAUCUGAAGGACAGGUUGGUCAGUAAACCAGUGCUCCAAGUCUUCAACCCUAAUGCGGAUACUGAACUACACUGUGACGCUAGCAGUGUGGGUCUGAGUGGCAUGUUGCUUCAACGAGGUGAAGAUAAGAGGUUACACUUGGUGCAUGCUGUAUCAAAAAAGACUACCUCAGCUGAACGACAUUACCACUCGAGCAAGCAGGAGCUAAUGGCAGUGGUCUGGAGUAUGUGUAGAUUGCGACCAUAUUUAAUUGGGAUUAAGUUUUUAGUUGUUACAGAUUGUCAGGCAAUUGUACAUCUUAAUACCCAAAAGACUCUAAACCCCCCAAGUAGCGCGUUGGGCAACGCUUCUAAGUGA